AUUAAUAUAAGAAAUUCUGAAUCCUGAUUUCGUUCAACUUUCAGUCCCGGCAAUUAACGGUUAAGCUAUAAUUAAAAAGAUCAAUAAUCGAUCUCAAAAAGGCACAAACCAACAAUCAAUGUCUGCAAACUGAAAAGAAACUCAUUCUUAGUAGAUCACGAGUUCAAUAAUCGCUAGAUCACGAUACGCUGGUGCUCUGAUGGACGAACUUAGCGGGUUGGACCUGAAAUUGGACACUGCUGAUCUAGACAAGACCAACAUAUUGAAACAUUCCUUAAAUCGUGGCCAUACAGCGCCGACGCACGAACAGCGUUACAUGUGCGGCGAGUGCGGCAAGGGAUACAAAUGGAUGGAUAAUUUGCGGCGGCAUCAGAGGCUGGAGUGCGGCAAGCUGCCCAAGUUUCACUGCAAAAUCUGCAUGAAAAUGUUUUACCGUCGAUAUGAACUGACUAAUCAUAUGAAUAUAAAACAUCAUGCGUAGUUGGUUCUCCCGUAAUAGAUGUUUUCCGCUCUAAAAGAAGUUACUCUUUUUUUUUCUCCUUAUAUUGUUAUUAUAAUUGUGGAAUAUAACAACAAUGAAAAAGUAAGUUGAGAAAUCACCGGCAUUUUACGAUGUCUCCAUUCAUUUCGUUAAGUUCAAUUGAUAAUAUAAGUUACAAUAACAAUAUAAACAAUUAUAGUUAAAAAUUAAUAUGAAUAAUUAUAUUACUUUCAUGUUCAUUUGCAUAACUACUUUGAAAUCACACAUAUAAAAUAAUAAUAACUUUAACAGCAGUGUAUAAAUCUAUAAAAAAUAUAUUUUACCACGUUGAUUGCCACGUUAAAAUUCGAGUGUGAUCCUCACCAAAUCGUAAUUCUCUAACCAGCACCCGUAAUCAUACGCAGAAUCAGACUUUAUUUAAUAUAUUAUUAU